UUGGUUUGGAAGUUAGCUAGCGAGUUACAUAAUAAUUACACAUUACGUACUUUUCUAAAUAUGUAUUAAAUUAAUCUUUAAAUAGAAUUGAAACCCCAUUGAAAUCAAAAUGUCUUUUCUAACAAGGAGUAUAACCAGAAGAGCGACUGUAAUUGCCAGGUUAGGUUUGCGAAAUUACUCAGAACAACCUGACAGAGCCAAACCAGUCAAGUUCUCAACUAGCGAAGCUGCAAACUGGCGAGCAGCGUUCACCAGGAGAGGGACUUCUCACGAUGACACACCUGAGGCACAGACUUACAUCGUCUGUGGAAGUGUCGCUAUUUUCCUCGCAUAUUUCUUCUUUCUGCGGGAGGAAAGCGAUAUCGAUGACAGGUUCGACAUUUUCCAGGACAACCUUUAUGAAAGAGUAGAUGGGCUAGAAGAGGUUAACUUGAGGGUUCAAAAGGAGAGAAUGUUGCAAGCAGGUCUAAGUGUUGUGGAGAUUGAAAAACGAUUGGAGGUUCUUCGGGAAGAGAGAUUGAAGAAUGCGUCGUAGUUGCAGUAUUCAAUAAUCGAUUAGCGAUGUUUUCUUAGUGGUCUCUUUAAGCCAUGUUACAUAAUCAAUGAUAGUUUAAGCUGUUAUUUAUGCACUGUAUUUAUUUUAUUAUUAAAUGUAAAUUAUUAUUUUCAUA